AUGGCCUCAAAAGCACAAGCUUCGAUCCUUCUGGUUUUGCUCUUCUUGCUAAUGUCUCACUCGAGCUCUUCCCAGCGCCCUGGAAUUGUAACCUACUGGGGCUUUUACAGGGAAGGAGGAGAGUUGGACGCAGCAUGUGCCACCAGAAAGUACGACAUAAUAAACAUCGCAUUCCUCAAUACCUUCGGCAAUGGAGCAACGCCAGAACUGGACCUAUCAUCACAUUGUAGUUUCGGGUCUUGCGCCAAAUAUGCCUCCCAAAUAGCCUAUUGCCAAAGCCUAGGCGUCAAAAUCUUCCUUUCCAUCGGAGGAGACGCCGGCCAUUAUAACCUUUCUUCACCUGAAGACGCCGAACAGGUCGCCUCCUACCUCUGGACCACUUAUCUGGGCGGCCAAACCGGCGGUUCUGGAGGUCCCCUCGGAGACGCCGUCUUAGAUGGCAUCGACUUCUUCAUCAAGGACAACGGAUACCGAUAUUACGAUGUUCUUGCACUCGAGCUUCACAGAUACAGGAUGAACAGGUGGUUUUUCCUUUCGGCAGCACCAGAAUGUCCGAUCCCUGAUCGUUACCUCGGCGCAGCCAUGCGCACAGGGCUUUUCGACUACGUUUGGCCUCAGUUCUACGGCGAGGCUUCGUGCGAAUAUUCCGAUGACGGGGAUGCUUGGAAUUUACUGAACUCAUGGGACCAAUGGACGGCUUGCUUCAGAGGCCCGACAACGUGGUUCUAUAUGGGCCUCACGGGGUUCUCUGGUAGUUAUGAGGGCUAUAUCCCCACUGAUGAUCUCAACAGGAAGGUCAUUCCUCACUUAGAAAGAGAUCCUAAGUUUCGUGGGAUCAUGAUUUGGGAUGAUCUUCAAAAUCGCUAUAGCGAUGGUAUCGAAUUUCAUCCCCCUCCUAAGCCCAUUGUUAACAUGACCCAAUCUUACUAG